GGGUCCUCCUGCCCAAAUGUCAGCAUUCUGCCUGGACGUGGUCCUGACUCCCGCCCAGACAGCUCCAGGGGACCUGGAGGGCUUAAAGGGGUGAGGCUCAAACACUUGGGGACCAGAGGCAGGUUUCUGGGACACAGAGGGGCAUCUCCUGGGUCCCAGGAUGGAGAAGCUCCUCAGCGGAGUCUCAGGAUGCUAACCCGUCCCUGGGGCUCCUCGUUUCUCACCUUCCCCCAGUAUGAUGAGCUGCCACACUACCCAGGCAUCGCAGAUGGCCCCGAAGCCCUGGCUGGCUUCCCAGAGGCAGUGCCCGCAGCACCAGGGCCCUACGGCCCGCCCCGGCCUCCUCAGCCCCUGCCCCUCGGCCUGGACAGCGACAGCCUGAAGAGAGAGAAGGAUGACAUCUACGGACACCCGCUUUUUCCCCUCUUGGCUCUGGUCUUUGAGAAAUGUGAACUGGCUACCUGCUCUCCCCGGGAUGGGGCCAGCGCUGGGCUGGGGACGCCCCCCGGCGGCGACGUCUGCUCUUCCGAUUCCUUCAACGAGGACAUCGCUGCCUUCGCCAAGCAGGUUCGCUCGGAGAGGCCCCUCUUCUCCUCCAACCCAGAACUGGACAAUCUGAUGAUCCAGGCCAUCCAAGUACUGCGGUUCCACCUGCUGGAGCUGGAGAAGGUCCACGACCUGUGCGACAACUUCUGUCACCGCUACAUCACCUGCCUCAAGGGAAAGAUGCCCAUCGACCUGGUCAUCGAGGAUCGGGACGGCGGCUGCAGGGAGGACUUCGAGGACUACCCCGCCUCGUGCCCCAGCCUCCCAGACCAGAAUAAUACAUGGAUUCGAGACCACGAGGACAGCAGGUCUAUACAUUUGGGGACCCCGGGCCCAUCCAGCGGGGGCCUGGCCUCCCAGAGUGGGGACAACUCCAGUGACCAAGGAGAUGGGCUGGACACCGGCGUAGCCUCUCCCAGUUCUGGUGAGGAAGGUGAGGACUUGGACCAGGAGCGACGGCGGAACAAGAAGAGGGGGAUCUUCCCCAAGGUGGCCACCAACAUCAUGCGAGCCUGGUUGUUCCAGCACCUCUCGCACCCGUACCCGUCGGAGGAGCAGAAGAAACAGCUGGCACAGGACACGGGGCUCACCAUCCUGCAAGUCAACAACUGGUUCAUUAACGCCCGGAGACGCAUCGUGCAACCGAUGAUCGAUCAAUCCAACCGCACAGGGCAGGGUGCAGCCUUCAGCCCAGAGGGCCAGCCCAUCGGGGGCUACACCGAGACGCAGCCACAUGUGGCCGUCGGGCCUCCGGGACCAGUGGGGAUGAGUUUGAACUUGGAAGGAGACUGGCAUUAUUUAUAGAGGCAUCCAGCCUCCGCUGUGACCACCAGCCUCACACUGGCUCUGGUUCCCACCUGGUCCUCUGGCUUCAGGACCCCACCUCCAAAGGCCCCUCCACUCAACGCCUACCUCCCCAGGGCCCUGCUGGGACAUGGGGGCCUGACUGCCCACCCAAGGGGCUCUCAAGGACACCGACAAGGCCUGCAGGCCCUGAGCCCCACUUCUGCCUUCACCUCUGCCUGGGACCCACGCUGGACUCCUGGGCCUUGGUCCCCAGAAGGUGGCAGCUGGGGCCUCACCGCCAGGACAGAGAAGGGACAGGGGUGGCUGGGCAGCCAGGGAAGGAGGGUUGCCCGGAUCCGACAUUUUGGAGAGAUUCCUUCACCCUCCUGUCCCCCCGCCUCCCCUCUCUAAUUUCUUCUUUUUUUUUAAUGAUAAAAGUCUUAAAAACACAAAGCCA